GUCAUUCAAUAAUGGCGGCCAACACCGUUCACGUCCCUCUCUCUCUCUCUGAAAAAGAGCUGUGGUGUGUUCUCAUCAUUAUGCCUAUCUAGCUAGUUGUUUAGUGUGUGUCACUACCAUUCGCCCCGUCCGUCAUCUUCUUCCAGCCUCUUCCCCUGUCCUUCUCCAUGAGAGCUUAGCAUUCCAAUCCAUGGCAAGUCCAUUGCAAAUUGCAGCAGGGGGCUGGGGCUUCGUGGUCAUGGGCUGGAUGCUGUCACCCAUACUCAGCUUCCUUGUGAACAAGUUCUUUACCAAUCUCUCCCUUGACAUAUCAAGAAAGCUUCGGAAGCUGGAGAUCGACACUAUCCCAAGCCUCAAGGAGACGCUGACAAAAGUGGAGGAGCAGAGGAUGGUGGAAGCAGUGAAAGGCAAGGGAUCUGAAUCUAAUCUCGUGGCACUCCAGAAGAUAGAAAAUGAUCUCAAAUCCGUCCUGUACGAAGCCGAAGACAUACUAGAUCUCGUCGAUUAUCACCGGAUCGAGAAGAAAGUCAAGGGGGACGGCCCCAGCUGGAUCUCAAGGGCUGUUGGCGCUUGCAUCACCCGCUGCAAGGGGACCUGGUUGUUCCGGAGAUGCAUUGAGGGCAUUCGACCUGCACUAUGUCAGUGCGCUAAGGGAUUCAGCUGGCUGGCCGCCACCCUAUGCAGAUCUGGUGAGCAAAUACCAAUUUCCCAAGAGCCCUCCAACUCCAAUCCCGUGGUGCAGAGGCUCCGUGCUUGGUCACAAUCCCUCGACAUCAAGGCCCUCUGUCAAUCCAUGCAGAAUUGGUUAGCCGAAACGUAUGUGGCUGCUUGUCAUUACCGGGACUGGUCAUAUGAAGUCGUUGGCAUCAACAAAACAAACAAGGAGGAUGACAUUGCAGUAGAUCUUUUCUUCCUUACUAUUGAUGGAAAAAGCUUGUGGAAAAGAAUAGAGGACAUAGAAAAUAUUCUGAAUGACUUGAAGAAAUCACAUCUGCUCAAUCAGGAUAGCAGCAGCAGUAGCAAAAUUGUCGCAGAGGAUACUAACAAGGAGGAGACUGACGACAUGCACAGAAGAAUUGAACGGAAGGUAUUCGGUCGAGAUGAGGAGCUUGAGCGUAUAUGUAGUAUGCUUCGGAAGGGAUCAGAUGCUGACGGAUCAACCUCCAGUAGCAGUAAACCUUAUUCUGUGUUUGGCAUACAUGGCAUUACAGGAUUCGGGAAGACUACCCUGGCUCAAUAUGUUUGUGAUCACGAGAAGAAGGCCCAAGACAAGCAUUUUGACACUGUCAUGUUCAUUCAUGUCUCAAAGACUUUCAGACUAGACAAGAUAUUUCGUGACAUGUUGAGCGAGAUCAAGAAGGGCCAGCAAUCUGACAGCAACGGUGUUACAGCUCUACAUAAUGAGCUGAAGAAAAACUUGGAAGGAAAACGUUUCUUGUUGGUACUGGAUGAUCUCUGGGUCAAUAAUGAGAAUCGGAAGGGUCGGGAUAUUCUCCUUGAUGCACUUGACGCUGGGCAAAGUGGAAGCAUAAUCCUAGUGACAGCUCAAAGAGCAGAUGCAGCUGCAGCUCUAGGUGCUCAGAAGCCAAUUUCAAUACGUAACUUGGAAGAGAAUGAUUACUUAGAAUUAUUCAUGCAUCAUGCACGACCAGGCACAAUCGAAGAUGACGGAGAAUAUAAAAGGAUUGGAACCAAGAUUGCCAACAAGCUACACCGCUCACCUAUUGCAGCAGUAACAGUAGGAGGGCAGCUUCUGAAUAGAAGUAUCAGUUUUUGGGAAACAACAGCGAACGAUGUCGUACUGAACGAGACCAUGGGAGCUCUGUGGUGGAGCUAUCAGCAGCUUGGUGCUGACAUCAGGCGUUGCUUUGCAUACUGCAGCACUUUUCCAAGAGGAUAUGAGCUAAAACGAGAUGAGUUGGUUCGCAUCUGGAUAGCACAGGGGUUUGUAAGCACCGGGGGUAAUGCAACAGAGGAAAUGGAAGAUGUAGGCAAUCGCUACUUUGAUGAGUUACUGGAAUUCUCAUUUCUUCAAGUGCAAGGAAGAACACUCAAUGGCACUGAAGUAAUCACAAUUCAUGACCUUCUACACGAGUUGGCAGAGACGGUUGCUGGAAGUGAUUUCCUGAGAAUUGAUCUGAAUGGCUCGCCGAAAGAUAUUCCGGCAGGGGUUCGCCAUGUUUUCAUCGAGACCAACAAUGGAGCAAAGGUCUUGGCGGAGAAAAAUCAGGACUUGGGAAAAUUGCGCACCCUGAUCAUUAAGGAGCACUGGAAAGAAGGUACGGAUAGAAAACAGCCCAUGGAUGAGUUGGAAGAAGUCUUUGAUUGUUUGUUCAUGAGGAUGAGGGAACUGCGGGUGCUGAUCGUUGAACUACUACAGAAGACAGAAGUGAUGUCAGUCCCAGCAUCUGUUGAUCGGAUGAAGCAUCUACGUUGUCUUGGCUUUCGUUUUUUCGGUUUCACGAGGUUGAUUUUGCCAAGCACAUUUAGCAAGCUUUACCAUAUGCAGACCAUAGAUGCUCCCUACAUGUCGAUAUGUUCGCCUGAAAAUAUGGCUAAUCUCCUCCGUUUGCGGCACAUCGUCACCGUCACUCAUUAUUGCCUGCCUUUCCCCAACGUUGGCAGGCUGACGUCACUCCAAACGCUGCCAUCGUUCACAGUAAAGAAGGAACAAGGGUACGAGCUGAAGCAGCUGAAGCACCUAAACAAGCUUCGGGGCGCUCUGCGGAUAUGUGGACUUGGGAUUGUCGGAAGCAAAGAGGAAGCUCUCGAAGCUCAGCUAGCCCGCAAGGAGCGAGUCACACAACUGGACCUGGAUUUUGGUUAUGUUAGCUGCAACCCAGAUGUUGCAGCAGAGGUACUUGAGGGUCUUCGCCCCCCGAAGGAUCUUGUAGAGCUUGAUAUAUGGUCGUACUAUGGUUCAAGGUAUCCUAGCUGGAUGUUGAGUCGGCAGCAACCAGACGCCCCAAAGCGCCUGCAAAAACUUGUGCUCCGUUUUAAUUGCAGCCGAUUGGCAUCUAUUCCUGAAGAUAGCGAGCUCUUCACUCAUCUGCGUGAGCUCCACAUUAUGUACUGCGACUGGGACCGCUUGCCAGAAAAUAUGGAGCGCCUCGUGUUGCUCCAGAAUUUGUUUAUUGAUGGAUGCAAAAAGAUGGAGCUCCUUCCGACGCUGCCCCAGUCUCUUCGGAAGAUUCGAAUCCAUUCGUGCGGCUUGCUCAGUACAACCUGCGAAGAAGAGGGGCACGAGAAUUGGCAUAAGAUCCAGCACAUUCCAGAGAAGUACAUUAAUCCAUGAAGGACGAAGCCAUUUCUUUAAUUUACCCCCCGUACCAGCGACAGCUGAGCUCAGACGCAGAGCGGACAUCGGGAGAGCAGGCCAGGCCGUGGAGGGGAGGGAAUGCUAUGCCGCGCCCGGUCCGUGACAUAUUCUAGCUUGUUUUCCUGUGUGUGCUUUGCUUGCUUCCUGUACGCGCAUACAUAUAUACUCUACCUUGUGUUAUUACUGUGAUCCCAACUGUACUGUAAUAGCUAAUACGAUGCUGCCUGCCGAGAAUGCAAUGUGCUCGUAGCUAUGUAUCUGAUACUUGUAAUCUGCAUUAAUUGGUGUGCUGUGCUUGUAAGAGAAACUUUGUUUGGUUUUUUGUAUGAGUGGGGGACUGCAAUACAUUUAUCUGGCCUCUGCUUCAAUA